AGCUGCCACCCGGCCGCCGGGCGGGGCAGACGACACCGCCCGCGGCCGGGCACGCACCGCGCGCACACACUCUCCAAACAAUGCUCCGAGGCACCCGGCUAGGCUGCUGGCGGCUGGGCGACAGGCGGCGAGGCCGGGGGAGAGCGGCCCCGAGCCACAUCAUCAGACUCUAAUUGAUCAUGCACCCAUCCUCUGGCAGGGAAGAUCUCUGACCAGGCAAGUGUUCUGCCUUUCCAGGAAGCUGCCCUGUAAGCCACAUCUGCCUCCCCAAAGACCACGCCAGGAAGCCAGGCACAAGAUGAACCAGCACCCUGUCCACCGCUCAAGAUGCACCAGACCCUCCCAUUGAACCCCGAGAACCCAAAAAUGUCUGCGUGCAGUGACUUUGUGGAGCACAUCUGGAAGCCCGGGUCCUGCAAAAACUGCUUCUGCCUGCGCAGCGACCACCAGCUGGUGCCCAGCCGCCCCCAGCCCAGAUCUGGCAGCCUGCCCCCUCCACCUCGCCUGCCCCCCAGGCCUGAGAGCUGCCGCCCCGAAGAUGACAGCGUGAGCAGCUCGCCCUACUCCAAACCCACCAUCGCUGUGAAGCCCACCAUGAUGAGCUCCGAUGCCUCCGAUGGAUGGACAGAGGCCGGUGUGAGUGCCGACGGCUCGCAGGUCAUCUGGAGACGAGCCCCCGGCAAGCUUCCCCUCCCGAAGCAGGAAGAUGUGCCAGUAGUUUACCUGGGCAGCUUCCGUGGCAUCCAGAAGCCUGUUGGGCCCUCGGCCCCUGCAGACGGCCACCCUCGCUGCCCGCCUGCCUGUGCCAUGGUCAGCCUGCAGAGCCCAGAGCCCCGGGGGGAGCGAAACGCCGCCCUCCACCCCGUGAGCUUCCUCGAUGACAAACUUGGACGAGAAGCUAAAACCACAAUUCCUUACCAAGAGCUGACCUCCGCUCAGGAGAGCUUCCGCCAGAAACUGGCCACCUUUGCUGGGAUGACAUCUGGCUGCCACAAGGGCCCUGGGCCCCACCCCUCUGCACAGCCCCUACGGGAAUCCCUGCCCUCCGAGGAUGACAGUGAUCAAAGGUGCUCGCCCUCGGGGGACAGCGAAGGGGGAGAAUAUUGCUCCAUCCUGGACUGUUGCCCCGGGAGCCCAGGCACCGGGAAUGCCUCACAGGCCAAUGGCUCCCGACACGGACAUGGUGGUGGGGACUGCUCGCCAGCAUGCUGGGAACCCAGGAUGUUUUCAGGGCCCAUCGAAGAGGGGAAGCAGGCUUUGAGCUUCCCCAGGGAGUGCUGCAGCCAGGGCCCAACAGAGAACCCACCCCGCCUGGGCCCCAAGAAGCAGUCCCUCACGUCGGAGGCUGCCAGCUCCUCAGAUGGCCUCUCCUGCGGGAGUGCCAACAGCCGCGCCAGCAGCCCCUCGGCCCCCCACUUUGAGAGCGACUACUGUUCCCUCCUGAGGGAACCUGGGCCAGGGAAGCAGCAGGACUCUGGCUGCCGUGGGGUGGCCUCCAGCAGGUGCCUUGGGCCAACAGGGGGGUCCCAACCCCCAGCCCACCCUGGGGAGGCUGCACAGCCUGAACCCAUCUAUGCUGAGAGCACCAAGAGGAAGAAAGCUGUUCCAGUGCCUUCCAAGCCACAGGCCAAGGUGGAACAGAUGGUAGCUGCCCAGGGCCAGGUGCGGACGGCUAACACCUGGGCUCAGAAGACAGUAUCUGGCUGGGGCCAGGACAGGGAAGGCCCAGAGGUAGCCCCCCAGGUGGCAGCCACUAUCACGGUCAUGGCGGCCCACCCAGAGGAGGACCACCGCACAAUCUACCUAAGCAGCCCUGACUCCUCGGUGGGGGUGCAGUGGCCACGUGGGCCCCUGAGCCAGACCCCUCAGGCAGCCGAAGGGGAGCCUUUAUCUGGGCAGGGGCUGAGCUCGAGGGAGAGCCACCAUCAAGCUGCCAGUGAGAAUAUGCCCAAGGGGAGGCCUGCCAUCCCCCCCAAGCUGUCCAAGAGCAGCCCUGGAGGGUCCCCAGUGUCCUCCUCUGCCUCCCCACUGUCUGACCUCAGUGAAGGGAACUCAGGUGGUGGCACUGGGCUCCAGCCUCCAUCCAGGAGCCUCGCUGACCCUGCUUCCUCCUGCCGAGCCAAGGGAGUCCCUACCAGUGACUCUGUCAAGGGCCCCCCGCCCGCCACCACCACAUCAGCCUUGGACCAGAGGCGGCCCUGGUACCAGACUGGGGCCUGGAGUCGCCAGUGCCGGAUAGAGGAAGAGGAGGAGGUGGAGCAGGACUUGUUAAGUCAAAGCUGGGGAAGAGAGGUGGAAAAUGGCCCCACGGACCCCUCGAACUCCUCUACCUGGCACCGUCUCCGCCCUACAGACAGCUCCUCUGGGCAGAACAGCAAAAUCGGGACCGGGAUGAGCAAAUCGGCAUCCUUUGCCUUUGAGUUCCCCAAGGACAGAAGUGGGAUUGAGGCAUUCUCACCUCCCCCACCGCCUCCAAAGUCGCGGCACCUUUUAAAAAUGAACAAGAGCAGCUCUGAUUUGGAGAAGGUGAGCCAGGGCUCCGCCGAGAGCCUCAGCCCCUCCUUCCGGGGUGUCCACGUCGGCUUCACCACAGGCUCCACAGACAGCCUGGCCUCCGACUCCAGGACCUGCAGUGAUGGAGGCCCGUCGUCUGAGCCGACUCACUCGCCCACCAACAGCGGGAAGAAGCUCUUUGCCCCUGUUCCAUUCCCUUCGGGCUCUACAGAGGAUGUGUCCCCCAGCGGCCCCCUGCAGCCCCCACCUCUCCCCCAGAAGAAGUUAGUGAGCCGGGCAGCCUCUUCGCCAGAUGGCUUCUUCUGGACCCAAGGUUCCCCCCAGCCAGGAACAGCAAGUCCCAAGCUGAACCUCAGCCACUCGGAAACUAAUGUCUGUGUCCACGAAGAGUCCCACUUCAGCCACUCCUCGGGCCCCGGCAACCGCCACCAUCACAUCUCCACUUCUGAGCCUCUGGAGAAAACUUUCAAAGGCAAUGGCCACUGGGGCCUGGCACCAGGGCUGGCCGGCAGCAAAAGCCUCCAGGGCAAAGGGGUCUCCUCUGCCUCAUCAUCCCAGCUGAGUGUGUCCAGCCAGGCCUCCACGGGCAGCACCCAGCUCCAGCUGCACAGCCUCCUAGGCAGCAUCAGCAGCAAGGAGGGCACCUACGCCAAGCUGGGAGGGCUCUAUGCCCAGUCCCUGGUCCGCCUUGUGGCCAAGUGUGAGGACCUCUUCAUGGGCGGCCAGAAAAAGGAGCUGCACUUCAGCGAGAAUAACUGGUCCCUUUUCAAGCUGACCUGUAACAAACCCUGCUGUGACUCAGGGGACGCCAUUUAUUACUGUGCCACCUGCUCCGAGGACCCUGGCAGCACCUACGCUGUGAAAAUCUGCAAAACCCCUGAGCCCAAAACAGCCUCAUACUGCAGCCCUUCGGUGCCUGUGCACUUCAACAUCCAGCAGGACUGCGGCCACUUUGUCGCUUCGGUGCCCUCCAGCAUGCUCACCUCUCCCGAUGCACCCAAGGACCCUCUGUCUGCCCUGCCCUCACAUCCCCCUGCCCAGGAGCAGGACUGCGUGGUGGUCAUCACCCGAGAGGUGCCCCACCAGACUGCCUUGGACUUUGUGCGGGGCUCAGCCACCAGCCAUCAGUCUGAGCCUGAGGUGUACGAGCGCCGCGUGUGCUUCCUCCUCCUGCAGCUCUGCAAUGGGUUGGAGCAUCUGAAGGAGCACGGGAUCAUCCACCGAGACCUGUGCCUGGAGAACCUGCUGCUGGUGCAUUGCACCCCCCAGGCCUCCCCUGCUCAUCCCACCCCUCCUGUCUCCUCUGCCGCCUCCAGCACCCCUCUCACCACCACAUCCCCUGCCCCUGCUGCUACUCCCUCUUCUGGCCCCUCUCCCACCCCUCCAGCUGCCCCUGCCUGUCAGGGAGGGCCCAGUGAGAAGCACUUGCCCCGACUCAUCAUCAGCAACUUCCUGAAGGCCAAGCAGAAGCCUGGAGGCACCACCAACCUGCAGCAGAAAAAGAGCCAGGCCCGGCUGGCCCCCGAGAUCGUGUCUGCCUCCCAGUACCGCAAGUUUGAUGAGUUCCAAACGGGCAUCCUCAUCUAUGAGCUGCUCCACCAGCCCAACCCAUUCGAGGUACGGGCCCAGCUUCGGGAACAGGACUAUCGGCAGGAAGACUUGCCCCCCCUGCCCGCCCUGUCCCUCUACUCGCCCGGCCUGCAGCAGCUCGCUCAUCUGCUGCUGGAGGCCGACCCCAUCAAGCGCAUCCGCAUCGGAGAGGCCAAGCGCGUGCUGCAGUGCCUGCUGUGGGGGCCCCGGCGGGAGCUGGUGGAGCAGCCGGGCACCUCGGAGGAGGUGCUGUGCACCACACUGAACAAUUGGAUUGACAUGAAGCGGGCCCUGAUGAUGAUGAAGUUCGCGGAGAAGGCGGUGGACCGCCGGCGAGGGGUGGAGCUGGAGGACUGGCUUUGCUGCCAGUAUCUGGCAUCAGCGGAGCCCGGAGCCCUUUUACAAUCCCUGAAGCUCCUGCAGCUUCUGUGAGGCAGCCCCCGCCCACCUCCAUGCCUGACCCUCUUCCUGACCCUUGUGCCCUGCCUUGUCUUGGAAACAUCUGUAUCUCCCUGAAAAAUGGUACAAAUGACUGUCGUACUUGGAUGUAAUAUAUAUAUAUAUAUAAAAUAUAUGAAUACAAAA